AUGGAUCCCUCCCUCCCUCAAAAGAAAAAGCAAGUCCAGCACAAAUCCCACCCAGAAUCCAGUAGCCACCAACCCUCAACAACACCCACGACGUACCAACAAGCCAACAGCAACCAAAACCGCAAUUUCCUCGCCGUCUACCCAGAACCCAGCAACACCGAACCCUCACCCGCACCCAUGACCUACCACGAAGCCAACCCCAGCCGCAGGCAUAACCGCACCACGCUCCCCAUCCCCCCCUCUCCCCUGCACCGCCUCCGCUCCUUCUCUCCCAGCCGUCUGCGCAACCUCUUCCGCUCCUCCGACCGCUCCCACUUCCCCCUCCUCGCCCUCCCCGCCGAGCUCCGCAACCAAAUCUACGCCCACGCCCUCACCCCCUCCACCACCGCCUGCGCCAUCUCCAUCCACUCCCGCAAAACCGCCCCCUCACCCCUCUUCGCCGUCUCGCGCCAAGUCCGCCACGAAGCCCUCGACGUCUUCUACCGCACCUUCUACCACCUCCAGCGCUUCCACGCACCGCACCCCUACCGCACCUUCGCCGCCUUCGCCUCACACCUAGGGACAGACCGACUGAAAGCGCUACGGCAGAUCAGCGUCUCGCUGCCCGCCGAGGGCUACCGCUUCGAUGUAGACGAGGUGCUCGCGACGCUGCCGCAGCUGCGGACUGUGGAGGGGCGGAUCGAUGAUAUGUUUGUGACGGCGUGCGGGUGUACGCGGAGGAUACGGUGUCGGUGCGGGGCGCCGUAUUACCGGGAUUGGAGAGCGGUUUUGGGGGAGGUGGAGGAGUUUAGGGUGCUAAGGGAGUUGGUGGGGAGGGGGGUAAGGGUGCGGGUGUUGUGGAAGACGCAAGAGAGGGAUGAGGAGGGGGCGUGGUUGGUGCGGGAUGAUAUGUACAGGACGUUGCAGCAUAGGAGGUGGUUGGGGGAGGUGGAGGAGUGGGUUGGAUGUUAG